AUGGAAUCUAGGAAUGGAAUCAACGUUCCAGCCUGGGCGAGUUACCCUAUAGCCUGGCAUGCUUUAGAUGUCUAUAUCGAGACUGAUUCAAGAAAUGAAAUUUAUAUUCAAAUAGAUUCAUCGAACCAUGAUGUUGAUGAUGAUGAUACGGAUGAGAGUCCUUUACAGAAGGAAACAGUUUCUCAUAGGGAUUCCCCAGAGGUAAUCAGCCUCAGCUCCCCGGGCGUUUUAUCUCAGUUGUUGAACGGAUCAGAAAAUCUAAACGAAUACCGUAACUGGAGGGCCCCGCAAACACCACCCCCGUCUGAGGUCAGCUACCCGCCUUCGUCCAGAUCCCGCGCCAGCCGACGACGGAUUUCUCCCGGACCCUAUGACAGCCUCAGACGGCGUUUAUCCCGCCUAGGGUCCCGAUCGCCCACGACGACUCACUCUGACCUCGCUUCUCAUUAUACCCUUAGGCCUGAACACGAGCAGAGGCAUCGAGAAAGGCUGCAAGAGCUGACUGAAAUCCUUGGCCUGUUAGUGGAUCAUUUUGUAGAAUUAGAGGGUCCUAUGUACAAUUCCGUACCCGAAAUGUGCAGAUAUUUGAUGUAUAUGAAUGUUUUUUACAGGCUUCUAACCCGAAAUUAGAGGAUAGGUAUUAUUAUACGACUUUUUUUGCAUGAAAAUAACAUUGACUGAAAAUCACUAUUAUUAUACUCUGUGAUUAUAGCCGUCACCUUAGAUUAAAUUUAAUUCAAGCCUGAAAAACCCCAAUAGCUGUUUUUUACACGGUUCUAACCCGAAAGUAAAAGAAAGGUAUUAUAUGACUUU